UAUUCUUUGUCACAUCUGACUCAGUUUAGUAGUUUUGCUGGUGCUGGACAGAGAAUAUUCAAAAUUCAAGAUGGCCAGAUGUCACGAUGGUGUCUUAGACUUUUGUCGUUAACUUUAUUUGUUUUAUGUGAAAAAGUGCUUUUUCACUAUGGCUGACUUAAGUGUUGAUAUAUCAAAGUUGCCGGACGAGAUAAGAGAUAAGUUAGCAGAGUUGGACUUGGAGUUAUCGGAAGGUGACAUCACACAAAAGGGUUAUGAAAAGAAACGCACACGACUUCUUGCACCGUACGUCGCACAACAUCAGCCCCAAGCAGGCAAUCAGCCGCUUCGUGGUCCGCGUGGAGACGGCGGUAGCAGCCGGCAACAUACAAGAAACCGACGGACGCAUCGACGAGUCACUCACAAUGAGAAGAGAUACCAUUCAGAAGUUAGACAGGAGGCAGUCCAGCAGGCGCUAGCGGAGAUGCAGAACCGGCCAAAACCGUCUCUCCCGAUGCCUUCAAAGCGCACGUCUAUGAUGGCCAAGAGUCCUGACAGAGAAAGACAUGAUCUUUCAUCAAGCUCUGAUGAGGAUUCGUGCGCUGGCGACUCAGAACUGCCACCACCACCUGAGUUAGGUUCGCCUCCAGCUCGCCGUGCUGCCGCACCUCAUCCCCGUGGACAUCCACCCCCUCUUCCACAACUGCAUCAUCAGCGGGAUAAGAAGCACGCGCCGCGAGAAAAAACUGAGAUUGAUCUUUCUGACAUCACACAUUUACCAGCUUACAUUCAACCGGACGUAACCCACACGACAUCUGGCGCUCGUCGCGGCGGCGCUCUCAUCGCGGACCGCGUGCAGUGCUACGCGCAGCCAGAGGACACCGGCACCGGCACUGGCAGGUGGAAGGUAUCAGCCAAAAUACAGCAAUUACUUAAUACUCUAAAGCGACCCAAACGUCGACCUCUGCCGGAGUUUUACGAAGAUGACGACAUUGAAUUGGAGAUCGCCGCUAAUCCCAAAGAUCCAAACGCACCGAAACCAGAAGGUGGAACCAUGACUCCUGCCGUUGGCGAACAGCUCGUCGUACCGGCUGGACUGCCCAGGAAUUUAGAGGCCGCACUACAGAGAUACGGCACGGCUUCAUUUAAAGCAAACGUUGCUACCGUACUCGACCCUAAUGGAAAACUUAGCAAUUCCCUCACUUAUGGAAAACUGUUGAGCCGAUCAUUGAAAAUAGCUCACGCAGUACUGAACAAAACGUUUACGUCGAAGAGCAGUAGCGGCGGCCCACUCACUGGUGACAAUUCAAUCAAGCCAGGCGACAGGGUGGCGCUAGUUUACCCCAACAACGAUCCUAUAAACUUCAUGUGUGCGUUCUACGGAUGUCUGCAAGCGGGCAUAGUCCCCGUGCCCAUAGAGGUGCCGCUGACCAGACGCGACGCUGGUCUGCAGCAAGUGGGUUUCCUGCUGGGCUCCUGUGGCAUACAGUAUGCCCUCACAUCUGAUGCCUGCUUGAAAGGUCUCCCGAAGACGUCAUCAGGCGAUGUCGUGUCAUUCCGAGGCUGGCCAUCGCUCCAAUGGGUGUCUACGGAGAAGCUUCCCAGGCCACCUCGAGAUUGGAUCCCUCCGCCCCGUCCCGCUGAAGAUAGUCCAGCGCAUAUAGAGCAUACAUCGGCCGCUGAUGGUUCCGCUAUGGGCGUUAUUGUCACGAGAUCGUCAAUGUUGGCUCAUUGCCGAAUGCUCUCCGUGGCCUGCAACUACACGGAGGGAGAGCACAUGGUCUGCGUUCUGGACUUCAAGAGGGAGACGGGGCUGUGGCAUGCAGUUCUUGCGAGUGUUCUAAACGGAAUGCACGUUAUAUUCAUUCCAUAUGCCCUGAUGAAAGUUAGCCCAGCAUCGUGGAUGCACAUGAUCACAAAAUACAGGGCAUCGGUGGCUAUCGUCAAGUCACGUGACUUGCACUGGGGCCUCUUGGCAACGCGUGACCACAAAGAGAUCUUACUUAGCUCUUUGAGAAUGCUGUUGGUGGCUGACGGGGCGAAUCCUUGGUCUUUGUCCUCAUGCGAUCAAUUUCUCUCCGUAUUCCAGAGUAAAGGAGUUCGCGGCGACGCAAUAUGCCCGUGCGCGUGCAGCAGCGAGUCGUUGACGGUGUGCGUGCGGCGCGCAGGUCGCGGGGGCUCGUCCGCCGGCCGCGGCGUACUCUCCAUGUCCGGCCUCUCGUACGGCGUCGUGAGGGUCGACGCGGAGAACUCUCUGACGUCACUCACGCUGCAGGAUUGUGGACAAGUCAUGCCCUCAUGUAAGCUGACGUCGGGUGUGUCAUUGGAAACGUGGGAAAUAAACACCUCUACAAGACGUGUCAUCGUAGUUGUGAAAAUGGAAGGCCUCGCGUAUCUUUGCAAGACAGAUGAAGUUGGUGAAAUCUGUGUGCUCUCUGGCGCGACCGGCUCAGGAUACUGGGGCCUGCCGGGUCUCACCAAUACGGUAUUCAGGGUUCAGCCUCUCGACGCUGAUGGUGAGCCGAUCGGAGAAGAACAUUAUGUUCGGAGCGGUCUACUCGGAUUCCUGGGUCCUGGAGGCUUAGUAUUCGUAUGUGGAUCUCGCGAUGGCCUGAUGACUGUCACGGGCAGGAAGCAUAACAUGGACGAUAUUAUAGCGACAGUACUUGCCGUGGAGCCCAUGAAAUUUAUAUACAGGGGACGUAUAGCCGUGUUCUCGGUGCGAGUGUUGCGUGACGAGAGAAUCUGCAUCGUAGCGGAACAACGACCUGACUGUGGAGAGGAAGAGUCUUUUCAAUGGAUGUCCCGCGUGUUGCAAGCAGUCGACUCGAUCCACCAAGUGGGAAUAUAUUGCCUGGCUCUGGUGCAACCUAAUUAUCUCCCCAAAACGCCGCUCGGAGGCAUACACCUCAGUGAAUGUAAGAGGCGAUUCCUCGAAGGAACGUUGCAUCCAGCCAAUGUACUGAUGUGUCCGCACACGUGUGUGACAAAUCUACCCAAACCGAGAGAAAUCCAUUCAGAUGUUGGCCCAGCUUCUGUCAUAGUUGGUAACUUGGUCCAAGGUAAUCGCCUUGCAUCAGCUCAAGGGCGAGAUAUGGGAUACACUGACGACUCGGAUGCGGCACGAAAGUACCAAUUCAUAUCACAAAUAUUGAGAUGGCGAGCUCAGAGUACUUCCGACCAUGUGAUAUUUACAUUGCUCAAUUCAAAAGGUGCUGUAUCAAAAGUGCUCACAUGCGCCGAAUUACAUAAGAAAGCAGAGAGAAUCGGUAAUCUAUUAUUAGAAAAAGGUCGUGUCAAUACAGGGGACCACGUAGCUCUGAUAUUUCCUCCGGGACUUGAUCUCAUUUGCGCAUUCUACGGUUGUUUGUAUGUUGGCGCAGUUCCGGUGACAAUUAGACCACCCCAUCCUCAAAACCUACACACCACGUUGCCAACGGUUCGCAUGAUCGUUGACGUCAGCAAAGCGACGCUAGUCCUAUCCAAUCAAUCUGUGAUAAAACUGCUCAGAUCUAAAGAAGCUAGUAACGUCCUCGAUAGCAAAGCUUGGCCUAUUACCCUCGACACUGACGACAUGCCCAAGAAGAAAUUACCUAUAUUGUACAGAGCCCCUACUGCUGAAAUGCUCGCAUAUUUAGACUUCAGCGUUUCAACUACUGGAAUGUUAGCUGGGAUCAAAUUGUCACACGCUGCCGUUACUUCCCUCUGCCGCUCUAUGAAGAUAGCAUGUGAACUUUACCCCUCACGGCAUAUAGCUCUGUGCUUGGACCCAUAUUGCGGUCUCGGAUUUGCCCUCUGGUGCCUCAGCAGUAUAUAUUCAGGACAUCACUCCAUUCUCAUUCCCCCAUCUGAAGUUGAAAUAAAUCCAGCACUCUGGUUAAGUGCAGUGUCCCAGUAUAAAGUCCGCGAUACAUUCUGUUCAUACGGUGUAAUGGAAUUAUGUACGAAAGGAUUAGGCAGCUCCGUCAAUCAACUGAAAAGCAAAGGAAUUAAUUUAGCUUGUGUUAGAACAUGCGUCGUCGUCGCUGAAGAACGACCAAGGAUCAAUUUGACCAAUUCCUUUUCGAAACUUUUCUCGGCUCUUGGUUUAAGUCCACGAGCUGUAUCUACGUCAUUCGGAUGUCGCGUCAACAUAGCUAUAUGCCUACAAGGAGCAUCCAGUCCAGAGCCUUCCACGGUAUAUGUAGACCUAAGGGCUUUGCGUAACGACCGCGUGUCAUUGGUGGAACGUGGUAGUCCACACUCUCUCUGUCUGAUGGAAUCUGGCAAAUUGUUGCCGGGCGUGAAAGUGAUAACUGCUAAUCCGGAAACUAAAGGACAAUGUGGAGAUUCUCAUUUGGGUGAGAUAUGGGUGCAGUCACCACAUAAUGCAAGCGGUUACUUUACAAUUUACGGCGACGAAAGCGAUUACGCCGACCAUUUCAGUGCUCAACUAGUCACUGGAAAUACGGGGGAAGUUUAUGCAAGGACGGGAUACUUAGGAUUUUUAAGAAGAACAGAGAUUAGCACGACCAGUGUCGGAGGUGAUGACAGCUCGAUAAUGACUCGUGACAGCGACACGGAAUCGUUGGCUUCCGCCUGUGCAAGCAUGUCUGGUCUAACUUCUGCAGAUUCUCAUGAUACCCACGACGCAGUGUUCGUGGUGGGUGCUCUCGAUGAAACAAUUAUGCUCCGUGGAAUGCGAUACCAUCCCAUUGACAUUGAGAACUCGGUUAUGAGGUGCCAUAAGAAGAUUGCAGAAUGUGCCGUCUUUACGUGGACUAAUUUACUUGUGGUAGUGGUGGAACUUGACGGAAACGACAGUGAAGCCCUGAACCUGGUCCCUCUGGUAACGAAUACUGUCCUUGAAGAGCACCACCUCAUCGUGGGUGUCGUGGUCGUCGUCGACCCUGGAGUCGUCCCCAUCAAUUCUCGCGGCGAGAAACAACGUAUGCACCUCCGGGACGGAUUUCUCUCUGACCAAAUCGAUGCAAUAUAUAUCGCAUAUAACAUGUAAAUCAAUAAUCACAUUAUGAUCAUUUCGCACGAUUGACUAUGUACUUGUACGCUAGUUGACGUUCUAGUGACGCGGUCGAUGGUGUGAUAUGAGCAGUCCCAUCGUUAAUUGUAAGUUUCCGGUGAAUUUUAAAUUUAUUUAAUGCAGCUAACCAAUUCGACUGUUCUAGUGUUAUGUUUAAUAUAUUACUCGAUGUGACAUAUUUAUGUAUCUCGAUCAGAGCAUGACGUGUCUUUUGCAAUAAAUCAUUUCUUUAAUUGUUGAUAAAUAUUUAAAAGCAAAGCUUUAUAUGGAGUUUAUUUACUGCAAAUACAUUACGGGCUUGGGCUAUUCAGAUGUAUUGAAUUGUGUCGAACUACAAUUUUAAUAUUUUGUUAAUAUUUCCAAUCGGUUUUGUCGCAAUGUAAAUUACCUAAUAUAGUUAAUUAAAAA